GUUUGCUGGGUUGUUAAAAGAAAUCCGAACUGCAAAGAAAAUGGCCCCAAUUCAAAAAAAGAAAAGAGCAGCCAAUCCAGAAAGGCCAAAAAAAACCCAGUAAGAUGUCGUAGCAAAGCCCGGUGGAUCAGCUACCGCCCGCUCUCAGUCCUGCGGGUAGCAGCUGCUUUGUGACUCCGCCCGCCUCCGCUCUUCAGACUUUCACGUAAAGUCUCCUCUCAGGGGAAGUGAGAGACCAGUGAAGUCCUCCUCACCCCUCCUCUCGUUCGUUCACUCGUAACAUGAACUGGCCGCCGCCUUCUACUCUCCUGCCCCCUUAAACCGAGCUCGUCUCCGCUGACAGCUCCACGGGCACAAAAUGGGGUUGCUCUUUCCGUGGGCGCCGCCAUUUUGUGAAGAGCUGGCUAAGCGGCCGUUGGUAUUGGUGGUGCCGCCGCAGAAGCAGCCUCGUUCUGAUAACAGCGGCAAGGCAGGCGCGCUGAAACGGCUUCUGGGGUCUGUAAUGGUUGAAUAAAAUGACCCCCUCCAGGGAAUCCCCAGCUGACGGUUACGUAAGGGACCGUAGGAAAUUGCUGUGCUUAGCAAUGGAAGCCCUUCUACGCAAUUUGACUAUCCUUGCCUCUGCUGCUCCCGCCACCGCAGUAUCUGAAGCAAGGAAACUGACUCACCUCUGCCAAGUACCAGUCGCUUGUGGGAGGGAGACCCCUAGUUUUUGAGUCAUUCGAGGACUGUUUACAACUCUCCCUCCUGAGUGGAGGACGACCCCUCUCCAUGGCUGAUCCCCGGCCGAGCACAGGAACCUGGGUCUCUUAAAGGCAAGGAGGAGCCGCGGAUUGUUGUUGUUUUUCUAUUGGAUUUUUUUUUUAAGGAGACAAAACCCAAACCUUUUUAAAUCCGGGGGAAAAUGGCAAAUUCGACUGGUAAAAACCAACCCGAUCACCGGAGAAAAGGACUCGCUUUCCUGGAUGAGCUGCGGCAGUUUCACCACAGCAGAGGGUCUCCUUUUAAGAAGAUCCCCGUGGUGGGUGGGAAGGAGCUGGAUCUUCACGCUCUCUACACCCGAAUCACCACUUUAGGCGGAUUUGGGAAGGUAUCUGAGAAGAAUCAGUGGGGAGAAAUUGUAGAAGAGUUUAACUUUCCCAGAAGUUGUUCUAACGCUGCCUUCGCUUUAAAACAGUAUUACUUGCGUUAUCUAGAAAAAUACGAGAAAGUACAUCACUUUGGAGAGGAUGAUGAUGAGGUACAACCAGGCAAUCCAAAGCCUCAACUUCCUAUAGGUGCAAUUCCAUCUUCCUAUAAUUACCAGCAGCACAGCGUGUCAGAUUUUCUUCGACAAAGUUAUGGGCUAUCUAUGGACUUUAAUUCGCCAAAUGACUAUAAUAAAUUGGUGCUGUCUCUGUUAUCUGGACUCCCAAAUGAAGUGGACUUUGCAAUUAAUGUGUGCACUCUUCUGUCAAAUGAAAGCAAACAUGUUAUGCAGCUGGAAAAGGACUCCAAAAUCAUCACUUUAUUGCUUGCUAAUGCUGGAGUAUUUGAUGACACUUUAGGUUCAUUUUCUACUGUGUUUGGUGAAGAAUGGAAGGAGAAAACGGAUAGAGAUUUUGUUAAGUUUUGGAAGGAUAUUGUUGAAGAUAAUGAAGUACGUGACCUCAUUUCCGACAGAAACAAAUCUCAAGAUACUGCAUCGGAAGACUGGAUAUGGGAGUCUUUAUUUCAUCCACCACGCAAGUUGGGCAUUAAUGAUAUAGAAGGACAACGGGUUCUCCAGAUCGCAGUGAUUUUGCGAAAUCUUUCUUUUGAGGAGGGAAAUGUUAAGCUGUUGGCAGCUAAUCGCACCUGUCUUCGUUUCUUACUGCUCUCUGCUCACAGUCAUUUUAUUUCUCUAAGACAGUUGGGGCUUGACACAUUAGGAAACAUUGCUGCAGAGCUUCUGUUGGACCCUGUUGAUUUCAAAACAACUCAUCUAAUGUUUCAUACCGUUACAAAAUGCUUAAUGUCAAGGGAUAGAUUCUUAAAAAUGAGGGGCAUGGAAAUCUUAGGUAAUCUUUGUAAAGCUGAGGACAAUGGCGUCUUAAUUUGUGAAUAUGUAGAUCAAGAAUCUUACAAAGAAAUCAUCUGUCAUCUCACUUUGCCUGAUGUGCUACUUGUAAUAUCUGCUCUGGAAGUGCUGUAUAUGCUCACUGAAAUGGGUGAAGUGGCCUGUACAAAGAUAGCCAAAGUUGACAAAAGCAUAGAUACAUUAGUAUGUCUAGUCUCAAUGGAUAUCCAGAUGUUUGGACCUGAUACACUGAGUGCAGUAAAACUUGUUGAACAUCAAAUUACCAGCCACCAAGUACUAUCUGAAAUCAGGCCACAGGCAGUGGAGCAGGUUCCAACGCAAGCACAUGCACCUGCUACGCCAGCAUCAAGAGCACCACAACACGUUGCUCCACCACCAGGAAUAGUAGAAAUAGACAGUGAAAAAUUUGCAUGCCAGUGGUUGAAUGCCCAUUUUGAGGUGAAUCCAGAUUGUUCUGUCUCCCGAGCUGAAAUGUACUCCGAAUACCUCUCCACCUGCAGCAAACUAGCUCGCGGUGGAAUCCUAACAUCAACUGGAUUUUAUAAAUGUCUUCGAACUGUCUUUCCCAAUCAUUCGGUGAAGAGAGUAGAGGAUCCAAAUAACAAUGGGCAGGCACAUAUUCAUGUGGUAGGAGUAAAAAGGAGGGUGAUACCCCUUCCUAUUCAGAUGUACUAUCAGCAACAACCUUCCUCCACUCCUGUCCUCCGGGUUGAUUCUGUUCCUGAUGUAGCUCCGUCUCCUUCACCAGCAGGACUCCCACAUGGACCACCAAGUGUAGGAAACCAUUUUCAGAGGCCUCCUCUUAACAGUCAGUCUUCAACUCUAACUGCAACACAAAUGUCUUUUCCUGUUCAAGGUGUACCUACAAUAGUACAGACUGUUUCCAGGAUACCACAAAACCCUUCAGUUCACAGUCAGCAGCAACAAAAUGCUCCCAUGACUGUCAUACAGAAUAAAGCUCCAAUUUCUUGUGAAGUGGUCAAGGCCACAGUAAUACAGAGCACUGUUCCCCAGUCUGCAGUUCCUGUUACUAUUGCUGUAGCAGGUGGAGCACAAACUUCAAAUCAGAAUCCUAGCAGUGCAGGACCACAAUCAUCUGUUACUGUUGUCAGCUCUCAGACUUUGCUUCAUCAACCUGUAAUUCAGCAGUCCCCUUUACAUGCAGUGGUACCAGGACAAAUACCUUCAGGCACUCCUGUUACCGUAAUUCAACAAGCUGUUCCUCAGGGCCAUAUAUUUGGCAGAGUACAGAACAUACCAGCAUGCACAUCAGCAGUUUCCCAGGGUCAGCAGCUCAUUACCACAUCAUCGCAGCCAGUACAAACGUCAUCUCAGCAGUCCACAGCUGGUAACCAGCAGCAAGACACGGUCAUCAUAGCACCCCAGCAGUAUGUUACAACUUCAGCAUCCAAUAUAGUUACUGCUACUACAGUUCAGAAUUUCCAGGUUGCAGCUGGACAGGUGGUUACAAUUGCUGGCGUCCAAAAUCCCCCAACAUCUAGGGUAGGGUUUCAGAAUAUUGCACCAAAGCCCCUGCCUUCUCAGCAAGUUCCUGCAACAGUGGUACAGCAACCCAUGCAGUCGCAGCAGCAGCAGCCGCCUCCACCACCGCAGCAAAGUGUAGUGAUUGUAAGCCAACCAGCUCCACAAGGUCCAACGUACGCACCAGCCAUUCACCAAAUUGUUCUUACCAAUCCAGCUUCAAUCCCUGCUGGGCAAACUGUUCAGUUGGGUGGGCAACCAAACCUAACUCCAACUUCUUCCCCAUCGCCUGGACCAAUUUCAAAUAACCAAGUCUCUACAGUAAUAUCAUCUCCACCUCUCACACCCCAAACACAAGGACCCCCUCCCACGGUCAGCCAGAUGCUUUCUGUGAAGAGGCAGCAACAGCAGCAGAAUUCACCAGCACCGUCCCAGCCACAGAUACAAGUCCAACAGCAACAGCAGGUACAGAUGCAAGUUCAGCCACAGCAAAGUAACCCUGCAGUGGGCCAACCUCCUCCGAGUGAAUCCAGCCUGAUAAAACAGCUGUUGCUUCCUAAACGAGGCCCUUCAACUCCAGGUGGCAAGCUUAUUCUCCCAGCACCACAGAUUCCCCCUCCAAAUAACGCAAGAGCUCCCAGCCCUCAGGUGGUUUAUCAGGUGGCUAAUAACCAAGCACCGAAUUUUGGAGUUCAAGGACAGUCUUCAGCUCAGCCACUACUAGUUGGACAGCAAAAUGUUCAGUUGGUCCAGAGUGCAAUCCAACCCCAAGGAACAGUACAAACAGUUCCCAUCUCCAAUUUACAAAUAUUGCCAGGCCAGUUGAUCUCAAAUAGUCCAGCAACCAUUUUCCAGGGGACUUCUGGCAAUCAGGUUACCAUAACAGUUGUGCCAAAUACUAGUUUUGCUACAGCAACUGUGAGUCAGGGAAAUGCAACUCAAAUCAUUGCUCCAGCUGGAAUUACAAUGAGCGGCGCACAGGCAGGAGUUGGGCUUCAGGUGCAAACGCUUCCACCUACCCAGGCGCCAUUAGCUGGACAAUCAACGUGUUCUGCUACUGCUCCACCAUUCAAAGGAGAUAAAAUCAUUUGCCAAAAGGAAGAGGAAGCAAAGGAGGCAACAGGUUUACAUAUUCAUGAGCGUAAAAUUGAGGUUAUGGAGAACCCUUCUUGCCGAAGAGGAGCUGCAAACACCAGCAAUGGCGACGCAAAAGAAAAUGAAACACAAGUGGGAAGUCUUCUAAAUGGAAGAAAACAUGACUCCAGUCUACCUCCAGCUAACUCAGGGAAAACUCAGAAUGAGGCCAAUCAGUUCUCGCAGAUCAGUAAUGGACCAUCAUUAGACUUGGGUGAAAAUGGAGCUCUUGGAAAGCAGAACUUUGAACAACCCGAGACGCAGGAAAUUAAAAGUGAUUUGAGGAAGCCCCUCGUUAACGGAAUCUGUGACUUUGAAAAAGGCGAUGGUUCCCAUUUAAGCAAAAACAUUCCAAAUCACAAAACUUCCAAUCAUGUAGGAAACGGUGAGAUUUCUCCAGUAGAUCGUGGGAAUUUGGAUGCCACACAACAAGUUGCUGCCAAAGGUGAUCAAGGGGAAAGAUUUUCCAAUGGGCCUGUAUUAGGAUUGAGUACUAUGCCUGCUGUAAGCAGUGCACAAGAGGCUUCAAAACUGUUAACCCAGCAACUUAGUAGUACCAGUGCUGAUGUACCUAAUGGUCCUCUAAGUUUGAAUUCAGAUGUGCCUCAGCAACGCCCAAGUGUAGUUGUUUCACCACAGUCAACGGCCUCUGUUAUACAGGGGCAUCAAAUCAUAGCAGUUCCACACUCAGGACCUCGUGGGUCCCUGGCUACCCUGUCAUCUGAAGUUCGGUCAACUAACGGCACAGCAGAAUGCAAAACUGUAAAAAGGCCAGCAGAGGAUAAUGAUAGGGAAACUGUUCCAGGAAUCCCACAUAAAGUAGGAGUUAGAAUUGUUACAAUCAGUGACCCUAACAAGGCUGGCUGCAGCGCAACUAUGGUUGCUGUGCCAGCUGGAGCAGAUCCAAGUACUGUAGCAAAAGUAGCAAUAGAAAGUGCUGUUCAACAAAAGCAGCAGCAGCAACAGCAGCAUCCAGCACCAUACAUGCAAAGUAUGGUCACACAGAGCACACCUGUCACACCGGUACCAACAAUGCAAGUCCAGGGGCCAUCUGUCAGUUUGCCACCUUCUAUGUACACUGUACCAAGUUCGCAUGCAGAACAAAUGAAAAAACCUGGACAGAAUUUCAUGUGUCUUUGGCAGUCCUGUAAAAAGUGGUUUCACACACCAUCCCAGGUUUUCUAUCAUGCUGCAACUGAGCACGGAGGAAAAGAUGUCUACCCUGGCCAGUGUUUAUGGGAGGGCUGUGAACCUUUUCAGCGGCAAAGGUUUUCCUUCAUUACCCACUUGCAGGAUAAGCACUGCUCAAGAGAUGCCCUUCUUGCAGGAUUAAAACAGGAUGAACACGGACAAGCAGGAAGUUCGAAAUCUUCCACAAAGCCACCAAUUACAGGGGGUCCUUCUUCUACUCCCAGAGCACAGAAGGCCAUUGUCAAUCAUCCUAGUGCUGCCCUCAUGGCACUAAGGAGGGGAUCAAGAAACCUUGUUUUCAGAGAUUUCACAGAUGAAAAAGAGGGACCAAUUACUAAACAUAUCCGAUUAACAGCUGCCUUAAUAUUAAAAAAUAUUGGUAAAUAUUCAGAAUGUGGUCGCAGGUUGCUAAAGAGACAUGAAACUCAUCUAUCAGUGCUUGCCAUCAGUAAUAUGGAAGCUUCCUCCACCCUUGCCAAAUGCCUUUAUGAACUCAAUUUUACAGUUCAGAGUAAAGAACAAGGCAAAGACUUGGACAUUCUGCAGUAAGCAACGUCCCACUUGUACAUAGGGACAUAAAUAGUCAAAUACAUUUCAAAUACUGUUACUGAAGAAAGCACCAAGUCUUAAAGGAAGAGAGACCAUAGAUUGAAUUAUUUUAUCUCCUCCCAAGACGCUGAGAGGAAGCUUUUGCAUUCUGAUCACUGAAUGAAUCCCUUUGUUCUCUGAUUAGAAUAGAAGGAAAGAAAAACUGCCUUGGGAUUUUCAGCCAGCUCUCUGCAGGAUGUUUCUCACGUCGGCUAAGUCCUGAUGGAAACUGGUGUGAUCAGAAUUCAGUACCAUCCACAUUGGAAUAUACAUGGAAUAUUGUAAAACCUACAUGUGCAGAUGAAAUAGAAACAUUAAAUAUUUUUAUCUAUAUCCAAAAAGGAGCACAUUUUUAUAUUUACAGAACCGUUUAAGCUGGUUUGAAUAAUAAAACGUUUCAGCACACCUGUAACCCCCUGGUCUUGGAGGGUGCCACCAGUAUCUAGCUAUGGAUUUUGCGUGUUUUGUUUAGAGAUCAGUAGCUUGGUUUUCUUACUUGAGCCAAUAUAUUUUCACUUAUUUAUUAUCAUAAAAAUUUACCAGUCUGAAUAAAUCUUGUAAAUAUUUGUGAAUAGAACAUCUUUCAUGCCACUGCAGCCACUGGAAAUACAUUCUGUGGUGUCCUAGAAGCAUUAUCGGUAGGCUCUAAAGUUUUCUAGACUUUCCUGUCCAAUUGUAAGUACUUGUGAUAUAUUCUACGCAGUGGAUGAAUGUUCUUUAAAUUUGUGUAAAUAAUUCUGCAAAGGUACCGAUGCUGUAAAGUCAAAAAACAGUUUUGUGGAACUGUGAUUUUUUUUUCUUUUCUUUUUGUAUUAUACACCUUGUAGAACUCAUUUGCUGGCUGAAAGAGUAUGGAAUAAUAUAUCUCAUGUCAUUUUUGUAGAAGAAAAACUAUUUGAAGGUAUUUUUGUUUUGCCCUAACAUAUAUCCACUAUAAACGUUUGUCAUGGUGCAGGCUCAGAGCUUGUACAGAAUUUUUUGUAUUUGUAAAUUGGUUUAAAUACAUGGAAUUUUAUACAGGUUUUCUCCUGUGUUAUAUUUGCAUUAUGUGCAGGUAUGAUAUUUUCUUCACUACUUUUUCUAUCUUAAUAUAGUGUGGAAUUUUAUUGUAUUAUUCUUCCAUUCUUAAUACUGUACCACAUUCCUGCUCAGAAACUGCUCACUUCCUUGUCUUUCUUUCCCAGCGUGAAGUGUAUCCAUUUAUAACUGCCUAUUGCCUGUUCUAUUAGCAUCCAAAAAUGUGGAAGACCUCCUGACCACCAUUUCUGCUGUGUCCGUAGGAUGUGCAGUAAAAAUAUAGACCUAACAGUUUAUGUUAUAGAAUGGCUUUAUUUACUUUGAUGACUGUUUAUAGUUUUUAAAUAAAAGACUGAACAUUU